UAAUAAUUAUAUCAUAGCAUCUAUAAAUAGAACACAGGUAGUAACCAAACAAAAGAGGUGUAAAAACAGGUUUGGUAAGAUCACAAGAUACACAGAGAAAGAGAAACAGUCACAAGACUCAAGUAAUUCAGAACUUGGAAAAAUUACUAUAAAUACAGAAUUAUAAGAACAAACACUUUAUAAAGUCCAGUUUACCAAGUUACCCUGUGAGGAUAGUGUUUGGGUGUGUGCAGAAUGUGCAUGAAUGGUGUCCAUGGCUGGUUAAGUGUUAGAAUAUUUACACUUUCCCUUUGUUUUUCUCUCUCAUUUUUACCUACUUCUGAAGAUCCGCCCACUGUGACAUAGAAAGUGACCACACCCCCGAAGGCAUCUCCCAUUCCGAAACCAGCCCCUCCUUCAUCCUCCACCUCUCCAUCCCCAAGAUCACCAGUUCCCACCUCCCCAGUGGGUAAUCAGCAGAUGACUCCAGCUGUGGCAGCCAAACUGACUCAGAGACAGGGAGUGUGUGCUGCCUGCUCUCAACCAAUCAGAGGGCCAUAUGCGACGGCCAUGGGCAGGUCCUGGCACCCCGAGCACUUUGUGUGUACGAGCUGUCAGAAGCAGCUGCAGAACACCAUGUUUGUCUUUGAGGAGGAGAGCAUCUUCUGCGAGAACUGCUACGCCAAGAAGUUUGCCAAGACCUGUCACUCGUGCCACAAAUCAAUUGUCGGGCCGUGUAUCACUGCCCAGGACCUCAGUUGGCAUCAGGAACACUUUGUUUGCUCUCGUUGCCGUACCGACCUCUCUCAGGGAGAAGGGUUCAACAUGGAGGCAGGGGAGCUCUUCUGUGGGGGUUGCUAUGGAGAGUCAUACGGAGCCACGUGUGGAGGGUGUGGCUCAAGGAUUGGAGGAGAUCAGCUGUGGGUGGAGGCUCUGGACCAGCAGUGGCACUCCCACUGCUUCACUUGCACCAGCUGCAGGAAUCCUCUGGAGGGAGGGAGCUUCUUUGCCAAGUUGGGCAGACCAUACUGCAAGAACUGUGUCUAGAAAUAAUGCUGACAACUAAUGACUUCUACCAUUAUACUAGUCCACUAUAGCUACUGUAGUUCUCUAGUAUAGUGUAGAGUGGUUUGAAACUCAGUUUUGUUUGCUUUCGCCAUUUAUAAUGGGAAUUUUGAAUUAGGGAUAGCUAUUGUCUGUUUGUUAUACAGUAUUUCUGUUGCGUGCUUUCAUUACCAGUGGCAAUGAAGUCUUCUUGCUUGCCAACGGUUUGCUUUCAAGAGAUCAGUAACAAAAACAUGAAAUAAUACAAUCUUGACAACUCAGCAAGUGGCUACAUGUG